UUGGUGGCUAUUGUAAAUCGUUUACUCGGACGCUUUGACACUGAGUUGCAGACGCUAAUACGCCAUUGGCCCUAAAUUCUAAUAAGUAUAAUUCAGUAAUAAUCUUAACCUAUCCAACAUUCUGACCAAUAACCAUCAUCGUCUUUGGCGUUCGGUUUCCCGCCAUAGUUUACUGUUCACUUCACGUAGUUUUUAUUUGUAAGUCUUUUAGUGUUUACUUUUGUUGCGAGUCGCGAGUGUUAGUUUAUACCUUUAGUACUGUUUUUUUUCUCCGCUUACCGCCUACACCACGAGUCACUGAAAUCACGAGAACACUGUCCGUGGUAAGAAGUCUUGCAGUGACUCCGCGUGUGAACGCCCGACUAAAACUUCAAGCCGUUUGUACGUUCACGAGAGCCCCAAGCCGACCAUGGCAGCUGCCAUUGCGGGAGUGUUUCAACCCGAAAUGCAAAAUCUCAUUAAAGAAUCCAAGGUUUUGUUAGUGGGCGCGGGCGGCAUUGGCUGUGAGGUUCUCAAGAACCUCGUGUUGACGGGUUUUAGCGAACUGGAGAUCAUCGAUCUGGACACUAUCGAGGUGAGCAACUUAAACCGCCAGUUCCUGUUCAACAAGGAGUCUGUGGGCAAAGCCAAGUCACAUGUCGCAAAAACCAGCGUACUAAAAUUCAACCCCAAUGUAAAUAUCACGUCGCACUUAGGUGACAUUAUGGACACAAAAUAUGGUGUGGCGUUCUUCAAUAAAUUCAAAUUGGUCAUAAACGCUUUGGAUAACAAGAAGGCACGUAGUCAUGUGAAUCGUAUGUGCUUGUCAUGUGACAUCCCUCUCAUUGAAUCUGGUACAAUGGGUUACACUGGCCAAGUAGAGUUUAUUAAAAAAGGCAUAAGUUUGUGUUAUGAAUGUUAUCCAAAACCCGAACCCAAAUCGUAUCCAAUGUGCACAAUUAGAAACACGCCUAAAGAGCCUAUACACUGUAUCAUAUGGUCAAAGUUCUUAUUUGGACAACUAUUUGGAGAAUCAGAUGAAGACGUGUCCAUGGAUGAAGCUGUUUCUCAAGACGGCUCUGAAAAAAUGUCUGCACGUAAUUGGGCUAUAGAUAAUGAGUAUAAUCCAAAAAAAUUGCUUAAGAAAGUUUUUUAUGAUGACAUCCAAUACUUGCUAAGUAUGGAAGAUUUGUAUAAGGAUAAAGAAAUAAAACCAGUACUUUUGGAUGAAGCCCUCUUUAAUCAAGAACAGGUCGAUUACGACCACGUACCUGAUAGCGAAUUGUUAACCCUGGAACAAUGUAUAUCUAUGUUUUUGGAUUGCACAUCAUCAAUUAAACAAAAGUUAGAAACAUCCAAAAACAGAUGUUUAGUUUGGGAUAAAGAUGAUGAUGACUUAAUGAACUUUGUUGUAUCAAGUAGCAAUAUUCGUUCAGCAAUUUUUAACAUUCCAUUUAAAAGUCACUUUGAUAUUAAGUCAAUGGCAGGAAAUAUUAUUCCUGCAAUUGCUACAGCAAAUGCUAUGAUUGCAGGGCAGAUUGUAAUACAUGCUUUGAGAAUUUUAAGUGGAAAAUAUGAACGGUGUCAAACCGUAUUUUUAAGAAAAAUGCCUAACCACAAAGGUGGAAUUCUUGUUAAAGACAGAUAUCUCGAAAAACCAAAUCCAAAAUGCAUGGUUUGUUCUACUGAUGGAGAAAUUGUAUUAUCUACGGAUAUAUACAAUUUUACGGUGAAGCAAUUUGAAGAAUUGGUAUUGAAGAAAAAAUUAAAUAUGGUAGCACCUGAUGUUUUGGUGGAUGGUAGAAUGAUAAUCUCUAGCGAUGAGGAUGAUGAAGUCGAUUUAUAUGGGAAAACAUUAGCAGAAGUGGGUGUGGGUGAUGGAUCCAGAUUUAGUGUUGACGAUUAUUUCCAAAAUUAUAGUAUCAAAAUCAAGUUAUAUCAAAAAGAAAAAUCUGAGGAAGAAGAUCCAGAUUUUGAAAUUUUUGGCAAUUUAGAAGAACUGAACAAAGCGGAUGAUAUAAAGAACAAUGUAGCUCAACCUGAAGAAAAUGAUGAUUGUUUAAUUGAAAAGGAUGAAAAUAAUGUGGAUGGUGAUUUGGUUACCAUCAAAGAACAAGAAGACGAUACAGUAAUUAAGGAAGAUACAAUGGAUAGUGAUCCAGAAGUUGUAGAAAUGGAUCAAGAACUCAGUAAUGAAGAGAUAUUGGCAAUCAAAAGAAAAGCUGAUGAAGCAAUUGAAGAUAUUAACGGAGCUAAGAAAAGCCGUGUCGACUAAGAUACUAUUCAUAGUUACUAUUAACAGUCAAUUUAAACUUAAUAAUAUAUACAUUCACAAACACAAAUGUUGAUCAACCUAUUUUGAUGUUCCUUUUUAGUAAUACUGCUGUAAUUUUCAUGUUCUUAUUAUCAGACUACAUUAUUAUUAACUUCAUCAAAAUUUGUAUUUUCAUGAUUGUACCUACUAAUUAUUAUUUUUUUGAUAUCCGAUUUAUAAAGAGAAAAUGAAUUCAUAUUAUUAAAAUUAUUUUUUAUUUAUAUAUGCAUAGGUUUUAUAUUUUACAUGUAUGAAGUUUUACUUGUAUUUUCUGAGAUAAAAUUAAAAUUAACUCCCUGGCUAAA